AAUAAUUUCUUAAAAAUUAGAAUGGCACAGAGGUGGCAGAGUGAGGGACUAGAGUGGCCAUUUGCUCUGCUUGCCACUCCAGGCCAGCCACAUUUCCUCUGAUGCAUGCAGACUUCUUGUAGUUGCAGUCCGGCACUGCAAAGCUGUUCCCUUUCUGCAAGCACUGUGGGAAUGCCAAGAAACAAAAUGAUCAUGGAAGUGCAGAUGGCCAUCUUCACCAACAUGCUGGGCAUGUUCCUCUUCCUGCUUCUGCUCCUCUAUGACUACGUGGUGAUCAAUAACUCCAAGAAGCAGGAGUGAGGUGGCACGGCCCCGCUGCAGAUGGCUCUGUGCUCGAGAGGAGCAUUUUCAUACUUGUCUCUUCUGCUUGCUGAGAGCUGAGGAUGCCACAAGCCUGAGCCCAGGAAUGGCCCUUAAGGGAUGCAGAAGUGCCUGCCACCAGGAUGAAAAGUCAAAAAGGGAUUGGGAAGAAGCUCCUCCAAGGUUGAGGGGUUUAGGCCCCUAUUAAACAUCCCCCUCCACUUUUGAGGCUAAAAAAAAAUAGAA